AUGCCAUUGGGCUUGUUUCGCACAAGGGUUGUCUUUGGCCUAAGAAGAAAUAUCAUCCCGCCGGUCUAUGCGCCGUGGGCAGUGCCUCGAAUUCGCCAAUAUGGCUCUCAAGACCUCAACCCUGGAGGCCCUCCGCAACCCGGACAAGAGACGCCAGACGUAUCGGAAAGGGAGUCCAAAGAUGAUGGCCCUACUUUGAAAUCUACUGGCCUGCGCAUGUUUGAAUCUGCUGCGACAACGUUCGCUUCAAUUGCCGUCUUAGGACUUGCGGGCUAUUCUUAUUACAAGUACUACAAGUUCUUGGUUCUUAAGAAGAUGGACAAUGCAUUCAACCCCGGUGAUCCUGUACUGGAAGUCGCCGGGGUUGCUCCCUCAAUGGGAACUGAAGGAAGCGACACAAGACAUUGGAUUCAACGUGAAGAGCAGGUCAAAGUGGAUAAUAUCAUCAACGGCACCAUCAAAGGUCGCUAUUUUCUUUUAAUCGGGGAGAAGGGAACCGGCAAGACUUCCAUGAUCCUUGAUGCAAUGCGAAAAAUUGAUGGCGCCGGAGUGGCCAUGUUCGAAGCUCAUGCAGACCUCGAAAUCUUUCGGGUCAGGUUAGGAAAGGCACUGGAUUUUGAAUAUCACGAGGACUACAUUGGUAGCCUUUUCAGCAUCAGAGGGCCACGCGAUACAACUGCACUCCUCGACAUUGAGCGCGCUCUUAAUAAAAUGGAAAAGGUCGCCUUACGGAGAAGAAAAACCAGCAAGACGCCUCUAAUCGUGAUAAUCAAUAGCACCCAUCUGGUUAGUGACGAUGAUGACGGAAGAGAUCUUUUAGAGAUGUUGCAGCAGCGGGCUGAACAGUGGGCUGCAAGCAAUCUUGUGACAAUAGUUUUCAACAGUGAUGAUUACUGGGUCUACGAGCGUCUUAAGCGCUAUGCCUCUCGAAUGGAGGUCAUUCCAGUCCCUGAUCUUCCGAAAGACAAAGCAAUAAGGGCGUUGUAUCAGUUUCGUGCGAAAUACCGCAACGAGGACACUCCCAGGAGCGUGCUAGAAGAAGUAUAUGACAAAGUUGGCGGUAGAUUAACCUUUUUGAAUCGAGUGGCCAAAAUGCCGGAUAUGAUCAAAGCAUGCGACGCGAUUUGCCAGGCCGAGAAGACCUGGUUUUUGAACAAAUGCUGGAUAUUGGGCGCCGAAAUGGACGACGACGUUAUGGAUGAGCAGAAAUAUUCCUCUGCUGCAAUGGUACUAGCCAAGGCCCUUGUCGAUAUGGAAGAAGAAAUGGAGCAUACAUAUGACGCCGAAAAUGGACAUAUUCUCCCAGAAAUGCCACUCCACAAAGCCCGCCAAGUGAUGACCAGAGCAGAUUUUAUUCAAAGCUACGACCAUGACAAUAUAUUUACUAUUGACUCCAGGGCAAUGGUGCGUGCUGAUUCGGUCCCCAUGCAACGUGCGUUUCGAGAAAUUUGCUCCGAGCCUGGAUUUAACGAACACCUCGAAGCCACACUGGACCGGAUCUCUGAUAUUGAAAGUUUGGGGAGAACCCGUGAAGUUACCGUCAAGGAUUUUUGGCACAACGGUAAGUUCAAGGCCGUCAUGCGUGACCACAAGGGCAGGGAGAGUGGAACGUUGGAAAUCGGCGUGGUCAAGCCGGAGACGGAGAACGAAGACGAUGAUUGA